AUGACAACAUGCAGCAGUCAAGCAUCACAAGCUACUUCAUCAUUGCUUUGGCCUGCUCGGUUAUGUGCUUUGUUCAUUGUGCUUGCCUUUAUUUCACCUGCUGACGCCAAUGUGAGCCAGGCCCCUUUUCUUGGACCGGCUGUAGGCCCAAUCGCAGGUGGCUUCCUGAGCCAGGCCAAGGGCUGGCGAUGGCUUCAAGGCCUGAUGGCCAUCUUCACUGGUGUUCUUUGGGUCCUCGGUUCACUUUGGGUUCCUGAGACUUACGUCGUCGUAAUCCUGCGUCGCAAGGCAGAAGUUCUGUCCAAAAUUACCGGCCAUGUUUACGUCUCUGAAUUCGAUGUUGGUCACCCCAACAAAGCGUUGCUCGCAGAGCUCAGAAAGGCUCUGCUACGACCAUGGCAACUCUUGUUUUUGGAGCCUAUCGUUCUGCUCUGUUCUAUCUUCCAAGCUAUUGUUUUUGGGACCUUAUACAUGAUGUUCGCCGCUUUCCCGAUUGUUUUCCAGCAAACCCGUGGUUGGUCCAACGGCGUUGGUGGUCUUGCGUUUCUGGGUGUCGCCGUAGGCAUGAUGUUUGCUGUUGGGUACAGCGGCUACGACAAUAUUCGUUACAUCAAGGUCAACAAAAGCUAUGAUGGCGGUGCACCUCCGGAAAUGAGACUACCCCCUGCUCUGAUUGGAUCAGUUCUCCUACCUAUCGGCCUGUUCUGGUUCGCCUGGACGAACGGACCAAACAUUCACUGGAUCGUUCCUAUUGUCGGAUCGGGCUUUUUCGCGGCUGGUCUUGUCCUGGUUUUUUUAAGCCUGAUGAACUACCUGGUCGACUCUUAUGUCAUAUACGCUGCCUCCGUUCUCGCCGCGAGCUCCGUCUUGCGAAGUCUUUUUGCCGCAGCGUUCCCUCUUUUCACCACCAAUAUGUACCAUAGCCUUGGCAUCCAUUGGGCAAGUUCUGUUCCGGCUUUUCUCUCCCUUGCCUGCGUUCCGUUUCCGUUCCUGUUCUUCAGGUACGGAAAGUCGAUUCGGUUGCGAUGCAAAUAUGCAGCUCAAGUUGCCUGA